AUGGCAACCAUCAAAGCGUCGCCCGGCGAUGAAGAACUGCAGCCGCAGGCGCAGGGCGCGGCACCCUUGAUAAUCACGCGCCCCGUGCUUUUCAACCUCUUGCCGCUGUCGUACCCCUUUGGCAACACCCCCGUGAAGGCCGUCGUGCCCGCCGGCGCUGCGCCGCGCGACGCGCAGGUCCUGCUGCUGGGCUGCGGCGACCCCCGCCACGCCCUGCGCACCAUCGCCGCGCUCGCCGCGUCCGGCGCCGAAUCCGCCACAAUACACCUGAACGACCACUCGGACUCGAUCCUCGCGCGCGCGGCGCUGCUGCUGCAGCUGGCGGACGACGUCAACCCGACAAACCCCGAUGACGUCAGCUUCCUGUUCGCGGUCUGGUUCUCGUCCGCGCUGUCCGGCCCCCACACCGAGCGCCUGCGCGCUGUGCUGCGCGCGCUGCUCGACGGCGGUGGCGCCCGCUUCGCAGGCGGCGGCGGCAGCGGCGGCGCGGCGCUCCUGCGGCGGUUGGAGGCUCGGUGGCGGGCGUGGCUGGAGUGCAGGCGGAGCGGCGCGAGCGUGCAGGCGGAGAGGCGCGAGUGGAUGCUCCCGCGCGUCCUAAGCCGCAUGGACGAGUCGGCCCGGCGCGGAUUGGGCGCCGGCGACAGCAGCGGCAGCGGCAGCCGCCGCGGCAAGAGCUUUGAGGAGGUGACGGACACGAUGGCUUUGCAACUGACGAUGUCACUCGAGCACCGACAUGGCCCCGCAGCUGCUGCAGCGGCUGCGGCGGAGGCGGCGGCCUGGUUCCGCACCGGCGAAAUGCCCUCCCUAGGGUCAGCAGCAGACGCCCAGGCCAACCCCACGCUGCUGCAACCAGAUGGCUCUUGGACCGUCCACUAUUCGGCCAACCCCUUGGAAGCGUUCGAGCCCCUCAGGCGGCAGCAGAUUGCGGACGCCGCGGCGCGCGCGGGCGUGAGCGGCGGCAGCGGCGGCGGCAGCGGCGUCGGCGUACUGGAGGCGGCGGCGGCCGCGUCUCUGGCGCGGCUCGUGUCCGAAUACCAAGCGGCCGUGAGAGGGGCAGGAGGCGGCGACGCCAGCGCCGGAGCCCAGGCGCCGCGCAGCGCCAAGUCUGGGCGCAAGCCCGCCGCCCGUGCCGCGCCCGGGCGCGCGCCGUGCGCAGCGCGGUUCGCCCUCUGGGGCGGCGACGCGCUUUCGCUCUGCGCGGGCGCCGGAGCUGAGGAGGCGCUGCCGCGCGACCUGCGGUUCCACGCGAUCGACGUGAGCAACCUGCCAGACCAUGUCGGCCUCGCGAACGUGCUGCUGCUGGCGGGACCCCGGCUGGCGGCGGGGCCGGCGGGCACAGGCGCGGGUGCUGCAGGGGCGGGGGCGGCGGCGCCGGGGGCUGCGUCGCGGCUGUACCUCGACCUGAUGGUGUGGGCGACCAGCGGGGCUGACAGCCUGCAGGCAUACCUAGAAAUGGCCCUGGGCGCCCCGCCCUCCAUGCUGCCCACCCUCUACGGGUUACGGCUAAUGGACGACCUGCGGUGGGGCCCGCCACGCAAGGCCACCCCCUUUGAGAUGACGAUCGACACCCCCGGCUCACGCUCCCUGUCCUUUGCGCCCGCAACCGCAUUCGCCGCUGCCGGCGGCGCGCGGCCCCCGCUGCUGCUCCCGCGGUCGGGCGCGCUGCUGGCGGCGCCGGCGACGGCGGGGUCUUGUUCGGGGUCGAGGGACGGCGAGGGCGUGGCGCGGGCUGUGGGGGCGCUGCGGCGGCUGUGCCUCGUGGAGUCACCCGUUUCGAUCCGUGGGGAGCGGUGCGGCCUCCACUCAUACAGCCCUGUGACGCUGGCCCUGCUGCUUGCCGGGAUGAGGGAGCGCGUCGAUUGGCGUAUACCGCAGCAGCAGCAGCAGCAGCAGCAGCAGCAGCAGCAGCAGCAGCAGCAGCAGCAGCAGCAGCAGGAGGGCUGCCCUACGCCGUGGGCCUACUUCCUGGAAGCUGCCGCUGCCUAUGACGUGCCCGCGCCCUUCCGGCUGGCAUGGCAGGCCACCUGGGCGAUCAUCGGCUGUCCCGAUGCAAGCGCCGCCUUUGGCAGCGGCAGCCGCGCGGCACCUGCGGAGGGAGGCCCUCUGCUGUUCACCGGCCGCCUGCUGCAGACCGUCCCUAUUGCGGGCGGCCCCUGCGUGCGCGUCCUGCUCGCCCCCGCGCGCGCCGCCGGCGGCGCCGGCUUCGCGCCGGGCGCCGCGUCGGCGGGCCUGCCGCUUAUGGUGCAGGCCAUGUCGGGCUGGAACAUGCUGCGCGUCCUGCAGUGCAUCGCCGACCUGCGCCGCGGCGCGGCGCCGCCGGGGGUGCACGUGCUGGACGCCUGCAAGGUGGUGGUGGGACCCGCGACGCGCGGCGCGGACGAGCUGCUGCCGGGCGCGUCGGCAGUGUCCAGGGUGUCCUUCCUGCUGCCCUCGGACCACGGCCUCGACCUCGAAAACACCGUCGUGAUCUUGGAGGACAUCAACGGACGCACGUCCGUUUUCUCUGGCGCCACCGACUCUGCGGCGCGCGCAGGCGACGACGACGGCGCAGAUAACAUGGCGUACCUGUGCGCGCCGGCGCCGCUGUCGUCGUUCUCAUGCAGGCCGGUCGGGCACUGCUCUCCGCUGCUGGCGGCGCCCGCCGCAGCCACGGCCUCGCCGAAGGCGGCCGCAGCGGCGAGGCGGCUGAGCGUCGAGGAUAUGUACGAGUUUGCAGACAGAUACAAGGUUACCCUCACAAUCCCUGAACCGCCGCACGGCGCGGCGCCGCCGUCGGGCCUCAGCGUCUCCGCGGCGGCGGCGGUGGCAGCGUCGCCGCCGUGGCGCUGCGGCGGCGGGCACGCGGUGGUGGUGCGGGUGGCGGCGCCGGCGCCGGGGUACGAGGCGCGGCUGGAAUUGCUGUGCCCGGUGGUGGCGGGUCAAGCGAGCGCCAAGCUGCUGCGCUCCAGGCGCCGGGUGGAGCUGUCCCUGCCCAAGGCGCGCGGCGACUGGCCCGCUGAGCUGGCGCGCCCGCGGGAGCUGCUGCUGCCGCCGCCUGUGGAGUGGGGGCCACUGCCGGGGUGGGCGGCCGGGGAGGCAGGGGCCAAGACGAUGGACCUGGCCUGGAUGUUCCCAUUCUCCGCCGUGACACACUUCGCGCGGACGGGCGACACGCUGCCCCUGAUGCAGGACCCUGGGAACGACCUCAAGGAGUCCAUCAAAAUCCUGUUCCUGGGGACACACCUGCACGGGUACCGCGUCUUCCACUUCGUCGACGUGGGCAAGGAGGGCGAGGAGGACUCGGAGAUCUACAUCCGAUCCCACCCGCCCGUUCGACUUCUGCCCGACGGCCGGCCGCUGCUGGGGCUCACUGUGGUGGACGACGCCCUCGGGCGCCGCCAGCUGGCCCAGGGGCGCAUCGACUUUCAGCGCUCGGUGGAGAGGUUCAAGUCCGUCAUCAUGCAGGACGACGGCCCGCUGCGCACCGUCAAGUGCAGCGCCGCUGAGCUGGCCCUCCUGCGGGAUAUGCUGGCGCGCAACGCGCUGCGGGUUCUGCCCCCCGCCUGGCAGCGCGCCCACCUCGACCCCGAGGAUGACCCGGGCAGCUUCUGCUUCCGAGAAGAAGGCUGCACUGGCGGAUCUGACGUCUAG